AUGUCCGAAGGUGUUGCUGACUUAGAUGUGGAAGAGUUGGAGCAGUUGUUGUUGGCAAAUUAUGCCGACAAUGUCGACGACAAUGAGAGUGAUGAAGAGACGAAUCAGCUUGAUACCAGCGGACAGAAGAAUGAAGCUCCAAAACGGAAGUUAACACUGGAAGGAUCAAGCUUUCUCGUAGCCGAUACUGAAAGUAAUAUCAAUGGAGAACCGUCGUCCGCAGCGUUAGCGCCAGGUACAAUGGUAACUGCCGACGCUGAUAUUGAUUCGUCCGAUGAGGAAGAAACGAGAAACUUUCUCGAGCGCAAGUACAAUCAGUACGGACGACAAAUUAAUGAUCUGCUGAAAACGAAAGAAGCGGAACAAACGGACCAAGCACUAUCGAAAUGGGUGGAUCGAAAGCUGUUUCAAAUUAACCGUAGUUCACCACAAACUCCUUCCGCAGAGAUUGUGGGAAAACCCGUACCAUCAAGUCCAACCACAGCAACAAAUAACCGUAUCGGUGCUGGUGUUAAACAGACUCCAACGGCCAACAAUUUUGCCAAGCAAACACCUACCAGCGGUGGAAGUAUUCCGGCUGUUUUUCAAGCGACUGUUCACACCGAUCCCGUAUUCGGACUGCGCAUCGUACAUCCGCUAGUGUCAAGCCAGACGCUGCAGGAACGAAUGCAGGACAAAAAAGCGGUCCCCUUUAUGCGUCUGCGAGCAUUUGUAGAAACGGCCGAUCUGCAGCAGGAUUGGGUUAUUGGUGGUGUGGUGAUCAGCAAAAGUCCCACCAAGACAACUUCCAAGGGCAAACAGUUUGCAAUUUGGAAGUUGAGCGAUCUUCACGGUGACAUCAAGAUGGCCAGCUUGUUUCUCUUCGGGCAGGCGUUUAAGGAUCUUUGGAAAACGGCGAUAGGUACGGCGGUCGCUGUACUGAACCCGAACGUGCUGAAUAAUAAUAAUAGUGAUAAAAACACGGAAGCAACCCUUUCGAUUGAUCGUGCUACGAAGGUGAUGGUGCUAGGACAAUCGCGUGACUUUGGCACCUGCCGAAGUCGUAAGAAGAAUGGGGAUCCCUGCACGUCCAUAGUAAAUUUGGGCAAGUGUGAGUACUGCCUGUACCAUAUUAAGCAGGAGUACAAUAAGGCAAGCAAUCGGGGCGGUCUCCUAACGUCCACCGGCGGCCGUGGAUUGAAUGAGCUGCGAAACAAAGUCCUUGGGAAGAAUGAGGUGUUUUAUGCGGGACAAAGCUUUAGCGCGGUGAAAGCCGUUAAACAUCCCAAACAGAUCGAGAAGGAUCGCAACCGUAUGAUGACGCUGUCGGAUUACUUUCGAUCACCGUUCGAAGGAAGCGGGAACAAUGGUGGACAAGCCACAGCUGGUGGUACAUCACCGGCAACAACACGUUCCGUACCGUCUUAUCGCGCUGCGGCAUCGGCAACCAAGCCACAAAAAUCGUCUGCCGCAAGAGUCGAGCUUAACGUAGGCCAACGGAUGAAAGAUUUUCAGCGGCUCCAAAGUCUUGGUGUAUCGAUGGAAUCGUUGCAGGAAAUAAAAUCUUCCAAACCAUCGGCGGUCGAACCUGCUCAAUCACCUAGUACUGCUGCAUCGUCCUCAUCCAGCAUGGUGGAUAAUCGCAAAUUUAGCCUUGAAAUAGUGCCUCGCUUAAGCAAGGAUUCGUUUGAUAUCGAUUUUUCCAAGCAAGUGUCCCUAAAGAAGGCACUCCAAUCGCGUGCUCGAGCUUCGGAAAUUAUCAAACGAAAACCGAUCGAAAAAGCGGAUCCCAACUUCAUCAAGUACCGCGGCACGGAACAGGGCAAGAAACGGGUGCUGGAAGAGCUGUCCAAGAACGCACCGGGCGAAGAGAAUGCUGCUAAGCGACAAAAGCUCCAGCAAGAACAGGACGAAAAAGAACGUGCCAAACAGGAACACAUGAAACGUAUCAUAGAAGCGUCCUCCUCACAUCAGGAUCUGAUCGUGGCGAGCGAGAACGCCCAGCAAGAACAGUACAUCAAAUCGCUCGAACGGAAGGAAGCGAUGGAAGAGAAAAUGCUGAACACUUUCAAGGUACCGUGUAAGGCGGUCAGUUGCACACAGUGCAAGUACAUUGCCUUUUCCGCUGCGGAUCGUUGCAAGGCGGAAGGACACCAGCUGCGGGUGCAUGAGGCGGAAAAGCGUUUCUUCCGCUGUGCCGACUGUGGCAACCGGACCGUCAGCUUGUUCCGCAUACCAAAGGUCAGUUGCAAAGGUUGCCAAAGUUCACGCUGGGAACGAUGUGCGAUGAUGAAGGAGAAGCGUGGCGUACAGAUAGGCGACGUGCUGUCGAUUCGAGGCGAUGAAGAGAAGUAUCUGGGCAGUUUGGCGGGUGCGAGUGCGAGUUUGAAUUUGCUGGUGCCGGAGGAGGAAAGUUGAUGUCGGCUGGGAAACG